GUCCAAUGCGGUUGCUGGAUUCCCAAGGGGUCUCCCUCAGCCUCACUUCUCCUCUUGGUGUACAGCGUUCCCUUUCUCCAUGAGUCCGCAAACUCCGUAACUGCUUCUCGGGAGGUCUCUCUUGCAAACUGAGGGUUGAUAAUACCGUAUGCGGGUCGGACCCCUUCAGUGUUUGUCCAUACUCCUCACUGAAAAGUCAAGAAUAACGCUCCAGAUUAUAUUUUUGUGGAGAGUGACAAGUGACAGCGGAAAUGGCGCGAAAUAGCAGAAAUUACUGGGUUAAGUCGAAAUAGAUGGGGAAUCUUUGGAUUAUUAUUGUUUGAGGGUUGAUUGCUUGAGAAUAUCAGAAUGCUGUUCAAGGGAAAUAGUUCUAGGCUGGAGUUUCUGAUCGAAAAAAUACAAGCGCAUAAAGAAUCACCGUCACCUUUACCUGAAGAGAAGUGCAACGUGAAAUUGAAAGACGGACUAUUAAGUGGUCGUUACUCCUGGCGAAGUGAAGAAGACAGUUUGACCUGUCAACGAGGUGGUGGCACCCCGUCAUCAUGUGCGACCUCUACCUCCCAGAGUUUCCCAUCUGAAACUGAAAUCGAUGGAGAUCUGCGAAUACCCAGCGAUUCCCACAAUUCAUCAGGUCCCUAUUCGUGUAAAUUUUGUGAUAAAACGUUUCCUAGUUUGAGUUGUUUGAAGAAACACGAACAGACCCAUGGCAAUCAGAUGCCAUACAGAUGCAGCUGGUGUGCAAGAUUGUUCAAACACAAACGAAGUAGAGAUCGCCACGUGAAACUGCACACUGGGGACAGAAGAUAUCGUUGUACCCACUGUGAAGCAGCAUUUUCACGAAGCGAUCACCUCAAGAUUCACAUGAAAACCCACGACAACCAGAAGCCGUACCACUGCGCUGAAUGUUCCCGAGGCUACAACACAGCAGCAGCACUGACCUCCCACAUGCAGUCCCACAAGAGGCUCUCCAGGACUCCCCAUUACCAACGUUCUCUCCCAACGACCUCUCCCCCAGCCUUGGAUUCCCCAGAGCUCCACCAGAAGCUCCAGAAUUCCCCUCCCCUGCACCUCACCUGCAUGUACUGCAGGGACACCUUCUCCACGAUGGAUCAGCUCCAGCUGCACGUGCAGACCCUCCACGAGACCUUCCUCUCCCUCCCCAGUCCCUCCUCCUCCCCCCCAGACGCAUCUGAUUGUCGAAGGUUCGAAGCGAAAGCAACAGACCUGGAAGACCUCACCUGCAGAGGAUGUUCUGCCAACUUUAACAAACUGUCAUCACUGCGAGAGCACCUGGUGUCAGCUCACAACGAUGGAUUCUCCGUCCUGACCUGUCCCGUGUACUCCCAACCCUGUUCAUCAGCCACAUCAUACCCAGACCACUACUGCGAGACCAAGAGAAUGCUGUCACGUCCGAAGAAUCCAGAAGUUGAAAAUUUCUACGACUCCCCGACCACCGAGAGCUACUCCCCAGGUACCCUCCUCUGCGGUCAAUGUGGAGCAGCCCUGAAGGACUUUGAGUCCUUCAGAUCUCAUCUUGCUGGACAUCUCUACGCCAAUCAGCAGACAUCAGUUGAAGUGAGCUGUCCCAAAUGUGAGCUCAAGUUCCAACAGCAAGAGGACAUGCUACUGCACCUGAUGAAGCACUUCAUGGGGCACAUCCUGAAGAAGUUCAGCUGCAGUGCGUGUGAUAAACUCUUCGGCAACUCCGAGUCCCUCCAAAAGCAUCUGCUGGACACCCAUGCCCAUCAUCUGUACAGAUGUGAAAUCUGUCGAGAUAUGUUUGAUUCGAUGGUGGGCAUCCAGGUCCAUUUUACCCUGAAACAUUCCCAGGAAGUCAACUUGUAUCCCUGCAAUGCCUGCCGAGGUAAUACUGGCCUGGAUCCCAUCGAAGGAUUCAGAACGUCUGAAGAACUCCUGGAUCAUGUGAGGAAUGUCCACGUACCAGAUUCGAAUUCUUCCAGCAAUUCAGUCACAACUCAUAGAGUUAUUGGAAAAUUUUUCAGAUGCUGCUUCUGCGGAAUCUUCUGUUCUUCAGAUAACGAUCUCCAGCAUCAUCUUGCCAGUCACUCUAAAUGUCUCUUUAGAUGUCCAAUCUGUAGGAAAGGAUUCUCCGUGGAAUUCCUCCUCGACAAGCACAUGGUGAGUGCUCACAAUUUGACGGAGAGAACGGAGAAUCAGGAAGGGAAGAGCUCUCUAAAAAGGAGAAAGUCCCAGGACUUUGUCAGUAAUGUCAGCCACUACAAGAAGCCCAUGACUAACUCAGUGAUGCCAGCAGUGAGGACUCAUCAGUGUGAUCUCUGCGAUCGUUCAGACUUCUCCAACGAUUCUGAGCUCAAGGCUCACAAAAAACUUGUUCACAAGACGAUCGCCACGAAAAACCAGAAAUCGUCUUCUUCGUUCGUCUGCAGCUACUGCGGGGAGAGUCUCCACUCGCGGUUGGAACUGGAGUCUCACACCAGGGUCCAUCAUGCUCCUGUUGAUCCUGGGAAAAGGUACAAGUGCAACAUCUGCGAUGAGGUAUUUUCGUCUGGGAGCUUUCUGGCUGAGCACAAGCUCCAAAAACACUGCAAAAUCCAGGCGAGUGACGUCUGCGUCGUCUGCAGGGCUACGCUCACAGGUGAAAGGGACUUCUUGGAGCACGUUCAUAAGCACAGUCUGGAGGGUCUUGAAGGGCGGGAGGGCAUCACGAGUCACGUGUCAGCUUAUUGCGUUGUUUGCAGGCAGAGGCUCAUCAGCGAGUUUGAGUGUCAGCUUCAUGCGAAGUUCCAUUUGCGGAGCGAUGACGAGGACGAGGAGCGGAUGGUGGGGAGGUGUUGUAUCUGUCUGAGGCAGAUGGGGGAGAGGGAGAUGGUCAAUCUGCCGUCGAAGGAGGUGGGGGGAGGGAUGGGCCUGAAGGUCUGCACCACGUGCUUCUCGAGACACUCACGAGGGCUUCCGAUCUUGACGAGUCAUUACGAGGAUGGACAGGAGGAGGAAGACAGGGUACGGGUUAAUGAGGAGGACGAGGACAACUGCAGUUCGAAGGAACAAAAUAAUUCGAUCCAUUCGUAUGGCUGUCCGCACUGUAGUCUAAAGUUCACCAGCAGAAAUGAACUCGAACAUCACAUUUCGAUACACGAUGACAAAGACACAUCAAAAGACACUUCAAACAUUGUGAUUGUUAAAGAGGAAAUUAUUGUUAAUACUGGAGGAGAUCAAAGUGAGGAGAGGAGUGAUCACAUGGAAGUCAGUGAUUUAUCAGUGAACGAUCAAGUUAAUUAAUUUUUAAUAUUAAAAAGUGGAGGGGGAACUUAAUAUAUCGUUUUGGGACUAGAAAAAUGUGCACUCGAUCGAGGCAAAACAUAUUCUUUUUGGGAAAUUCUCUCGCUCGAUGUAUAUUUAUUCUUUAUUAAUUAUUUUUGUUGAUGACCGAUACUUUAUGGUCACGUAAUUUUGUAAAAAAUGUGAAUCACUAGAGAACGCUUCCGUCUAAUUGCCCAUCAUGGGGUGGAAAAAGAUUAAUGUGGUAAAUUAGUUGUAAAUAAAGGAAUGAUUUUUAUUAUCGAAUUUAUGGAGGUUGUCGACUGAGCCCAAUCACAAAUAUAAUUUUAGAUCAGACUGGGAUUAAUAAAAUAAUUGAAUUCUU